AUGACGGAUGUAUCCUGGAAUGAGAUGAAUGUUCCAUCGGUCAUCUCUAAGGAUGAGUGCCUUUAUUGCUUUGAGACGGUUUACAACGAAGCCUUGAAAGAAGCUAGCGCUUUGCAUUCUCUGAACCUAUGUCUUUCAUGCUUCCAACCCGUAUGCCAUAGACAUUUACCACUUCAUGUACAGGUUAGUGAGAAGAACUGUGACACUGCUCACUGGCAAUAUUUAAAUAUACACAAGGUUAAAAGAACAAAAGUUGAUGAGGAUCAAGACAUGAACAAGAGCAACAAGAAGAUAAGGCUAAAUGUUGUGGAAAAAUCAGAAGACGAGAUGUUUGAAACCAAUUGGUCUUUGCUAAAGUAUAAUUCAUCAACGGCAUCAUCAGAAGAGUCCGUCUCUAACAAGGAUCCAGAAAUUAAUCCUGUCGUCCAGGAAAAGAUCAAGCAAAUUUUGGGGUCCAAAUCACAGGAUAUGGUGGAUAAAACAAGCUCAUGGGAAUUAUCAGUGAAAUCAUGUCCCCAUACCCAAAAUUUUCAAGUUCCCGCUGUUGAAGCCAAAUCGAAAGAUGAACGUUGCAAUGAUUGCGGCUUGGAUCAGAAUCUGUGGCUAUGUUUACACUGUGGCAACAUCGGAUGUGGCAGAGAACAAGUUGGCAUUGAAGGUCAUUCGCAUGCACUAAACCAUUAUGACAAACACUCUACGCACCCAUUAGCUGUCAAGUUGGGCUCAUUGAGUCAAUCUUCAAUCGAUUUGUAUUGUUAUUCUUGCAAUGACGAAGUGAAAUUCGAAAACCCUGAAGCGUUUGCACAGGCUUUGUCCAAGUACGGUAUUGAUUUAAAAAGUAAAUUGGCAAGUGAAAAGAGUUUAGUGGAAUUGCAAGUUGAACAAAACAUGAACUGGGAUUUCCAGAUGACCGAUGCGCAAGGCAAAGAAUUGAAACACCUGUCGGCAAACAAAGAGUACGGUUGUGGUCUCAUCAAUUUGGGAAAUUCCUGUUACAUAAACUCGGUGUUGCAAUGUUUGUUGAACGGAGGGGUUAAGACCUAUUCAUUGAGUGCAUUAGGAGAGUCAUUCCCCUUAGACGUUCUUUACCCAAGCACGAAUAUGAAAUGCCAGCUAAUCAAGCUGAACAACGCGAUUAAAUUAGAGCCCGAGCUCUACCCGAGUGGUAUCAGGCCAAGAAGUUUCAAGAAAUGCAUUGGUCAGGCUCACGAAGAGUUUAGCAGUGAAAGACAGCAGGAUGCGCUUGAAUUUUUAAGCUUCUUCAAUGAUACACUGGAUAAGAAAAUAUUCUCUCGAAGUGAAAACAACCCCAGUGACCUGAUGAGAUAUAUCAUAGAAAACAGAUUGCAAUGCACAAAAUGUGGCAAAGUCAAAUACACUACUGAUAUCAACGAAUCAAUGUUGGUACCAUUGGAAGAAAACAGUGAUUCACAGCAUUCACAAUCUCUUCUGGACAGACUAGUGGAAUAUUUCCAUGGUGAAGAACUAGAUUUCAAGUGUCCUCAAUGUAAGGAUAUGGUACAAGCUAUCAGAAAACCAGGAUUCAAGACUUUCCCUGAUACUCUAGUGGUCAACCCCGUCAGAAUCAAACUUCAAAAUUGGACUCCAGUGAAAACCGCCGAUGAUCUGAUCAUUCCUGGCCUGGAAGAUCCACUAGACACUUUAGACCUAUCUAAGUUUCAGUCCUCGGGAUUUAACAGUGAGACAGAGUCCCCAUUCCCAGAAGAAGAGGACAGCCAUGAUGCUGAAUUUGUGCCAAAUCAAGCGUGUGUUUCCCAGCUUGCAGAGAUGGGGUUUUCUCCCAAUGCAAUCACUAGGUCUUUGCACGCUACAGGUAAUCUUGAGACAGAGCCAGCUAUGAACUGGCUGUUUGCGCACAUGGAAGACCCGGAUAUUAAUGAGCCCUUCACACCGCCCAAGGCAAAAGAAGCAGACGUUCAAAUUGAUCAGGAAGCUAUCAGCAGCAUGACCGCGAUGGGAUUGGACGCAAAGUUGUGCAAAAAAGCUCUGAUACUUAAUAAUGGUGAUGUGACCAGUAGCGUGGACUGGGUCUUCAACAACAUGGAUGACGACGGAGAGCUGCCACAGAAGGACACGCAACCAGCGAAGUCUCACACCGCGAAUCUCGGGCAUUCCUCUGCCAGCCCUUACAAACUUGUCGCAGUCGUAUGCCACAAGGGGAACUCCGCUCACUCGGGUCAUUACGUUGCAUUCAUCAGAAAAUCGGUCGAGCAAGAGGAGAAAUGGGUAUUGUACAACGACGAAAAGAUUGUCGUCGCGGUUGAAGAUAAUUUCGAAGAGAUCAGAAAGAACGGCUAUCUCUACUUCUACUCGAGAGUAUAG